GUGCACACAUACAUAUACACAAAAGAAUAACAAACAACAAUAAAAAUGAGUGUUUGUGAGAAGAACAACGUUGUGCAACAUCAAUUGCAACAGGCUGCCGCAGUUGCUGCAGCCGCUGCAGCUGUACAGCAGCAACAACAACAACAGCAACAACAAGUGCAACCCCCGCAAAUUGUGCCACAGCCACAUUUGACGCCCCAACAACAACAACAAAGCACACAAAGCAUUGCCGACUAUUUGGCCCAAUUGCUUAAGGAUCGCAAACAAUUGGCUGCUUUCCCAAAUGUCUUUACGCAUGUCGAACGAUUGCUGGAAGAAGAAAUUGCACGCGUGCGUGCUUCACUGUUCCAGAUCAAUGGCGUUAAGAAGGAACCCUUAACUCUGCCCGAACCCGAGGGAGCUGUUGUUACAAUGAAUGAGAAGGUUUAUGUGCCAGUUCGUGAGCAUCCAGAUUUCAACUUUGUUGGUCGCAUUUUGGGACCACGUGGCAUGACAGCCAAACAAUUAGAACAAGAGACUGGUUGUAAAAUAAUGGUACGCGGCAAAGGCUCCAUGCGCGACAAAAAGAAGGAGGAUGCCAAUCGCGGCAAACCAAAUUGGGAGCAUUUGUCCGAUGAUCUACAUGUUUUGAUAACAGUUGAGGACACAGAGAAUCGAGCCAAGGUCAAACUGGCUCAAGCUGUGGCUGAAGUUCAAAAAUUGCUAGUGCCGCAAGCCGAAGGCGAAGAUGAACUAAAGAAACGUCAACUUAUGGAAUUAGCCAUUAUUAACGGCACUUAUAGGGACACAACAGCGAAAUCUGUCGCAGCUUUCUCAUGCGUUGGUUCAACUUCUGCUUCUGUUCUGUAUCCCGCAGUGUGCGAUGAGGACUGGCGUCGUCUGGUUGCUGCAACAGAUAAUCGUCUGCUGACACCCGCCCUGCCCGGACUGGCUGCCCAGAUACGUGCCCCUGCCACAGCCCCAUUGGGCGCACCAUUGAUACUUAAUCCACGCAUGACCGUCCCAACGUCAGCGGCCAGCAUAUUGUCCGCCCAGGCAGCGCCAACCGGAGCCUUCGAUCAGACCGCCCAUGGAAUGAUAUUUGCAUCACCGUAUGGUGAUUAUUCUCAAUAUGCAGCCCUGGCUGGUAAUCCUCUGCUGACGGAAUAUGCAGAUCAUAGCGUAGGCGCCCUUAAGCAGCAACGUCGUUUGGCGGCUAACAGAGAGCACCCCUAUCAGCGUGCAACGGUCGGAGUGCCAGCCAAGCCGGCGGGUUUCAUUGAGAUACAGUAAAAACAGAAGACAGAUUCAAAGUAACAAUCAGAAAACCAUAAGAAAGCUAAGAAAAUUCAAUUGAUUUUUGAUAUUUAUAACAACCACAUUAAGCCUUAAGCACUCUUACUUGAUAGCACUUGAAUGCGAAGAUUAUCUUUCGUUUCAAAGUGCAUAAUUCAAAUUUACGUUUAUUUAAUUUUUUUUGUUUAAACGUUCAGAAAUAGUUUUUUUUUUUACUCUUUCAAAUUUAGUUCAAUUCUAGUUAUUUAUUUCAAUUUAUUUACAUUUUUUAAUUUUAUUUUUGAUAAAACUGUUUUAACUUUUAUUUUGCUGCAAUGAAACCCAGCCAGUUGCUGUUGGCCAGGCCAAAAUGCCGCUUAAUAAACUCAGUUAACAAUCAAGCGCGCGCGCCUUCACAGAGAAGAGAGAACUGUAUCCUCUGAGAGAGAUUGGGCCAAAGAAGCACAACAACCGCAGCAACAGCAGCAGCAAUUCUUAUGCAAGCAACAGCAGCAACAUCACCAGCAGCAACAGCAACAGCAGCAGCAGCAGCAAUCACAUAGCAUAUUGUAUUGUGCCAUGUUGUAUGUGAAAUGUGAACAUGUCCACUGACCAACUCUAUUUUCUUACUUAUACUAAAAAAUCGUACAAAAACAACAAAACAAAAAACCAACAAAAAAUAUUCAAAUAUGUUGUGUGGCUUGUCUGCUGGCGCUUUAACCCGAUUUCCCCAGAAA